AUGUUUGUUGGCAAGGUAAAACUCCAUGGCGACAUCGUCUUUGAUGGCUGCUACGAGGAGACCUGCCACAAGGAUCACUUCUACGGCUUCCAGUGCCAUGAAGGAUACUGCAAGCACAUUUGCGACGGCACAACCUGCUGGGAACCCGAAGUGAAGUCGUUCAGUGGUAAAGCCAAAAUCCAGGGAGAAGUCAUCUUCGAUGGUUGCUUCGAGGAGACCUGCCACAAAGGCAAAUUCCAUGGCUAUAAAUGCUUCGAUGGGCACUGUCACCACAUCUGUGAUGAUGUGCACUGCUGGGAACCUGAAUUAAACACAUUCAAAGGAAAGGCUCAUUUCAAGGGUGUCGUCUACUUUGAUGGUUGCUACGAGGAGACCUGCCACAAGGAUCACUUCUACGGCUUCCAGUGCCAUGAAGGAUACUGCAAGCACAUUUGCGACGGCGUAACCUGCUGGGAACCCGAAAUGAAGUCGUUCAGUGGUAAAGCCAAAAUCCAGGGAGAAGUCAUCUUCGAUGGUUGCUUCGAGGAGACCUGCCACAAAGGCAAAUUCCACGGCUAUGAAUGCUUCGAUGGGCACUGUCACCACAUCUGUGAUGAUGUGCACUGCUGGGAACCUGAAUUAAACACAUUCAAAGGAAAGGCCCACUUCAAGGGUGUCGUCUACUUUGAUGGCUGCUACGAGGAGA